AUGAAGGCAUCGUCUGCUAUCGCGAUCCGAGCCUAUGGAACAAAUCUACCCAAGAGCAGUCUCGGUGCAACGCUGAGCUUAGAUCACUUCAUUUUGCGCUCGAGCGUUCUCUCUCUCUACCGAAGAGUCUUACGGGGCACGAGGCGGAUUAGCGACCGGGCGACCCGCGUCGAGGCGCGCAACUAUGCACGGUCUGAACUGGAGCGGCAUCGCGGCGUCAGCGAUGCAGCCCAUAUACGCUUUCUCUUAUCAACCGGCAGGACAGAGUGGGAGAACAUGGAGAGGUAUAUUGGUGGAAUAUGA